UAAUCGUGUGCCGUGGUAUUAUCUGCGCUUACCAAACGAAAAAAACUAUAAAUCAAAUAACUUGCGCGAUUCAUCUCGAUCUCAAAGAUAUCGAUCGUUUAUAAAUACGCAGAAUCACACAUACAUUGCACGAUAUAUUUAAAAUAAAUUUUAAUCGGAAUGUGUGCGAGUAUCAAUACGUACGAGGUAGCUUUCCUACGAUAAGACAACCAUGUGACAAACUCGUGAAGUGAGGAGUAACAAUGUAAAUUCAUCGGGGCUAACAUUAAGAUUAUAAAUUCUCGUAUAAAUCUCAAUUGUCGCAGAAAUAGCAGAUUCGAAGGACGAAAACACGUUUGUGUCUGUGAAAAUCGGAAAUUUUCCUACGCGUGUUUAAUCGAAGGGAUAGAUUAUUUUGCGCAGUAUCUUAUCGGUGUCUCUGUAAGAGAGCGCGAUAAAUCUCUCACGAAUGAAAAAUAUAAACGUGUGAUCGAACUCUGAGAGUCGGAUAAACGGCAGGUAAUCAUUGCGUGUCGUAUCGCAUCGUGAAAACGUCGAGAGGGAGAAAAAUCACGUAGUUUUGCGUCUGUCGCGCUAUAACCCGAAAAAAAUCACCCUCUUGCUCGUGUUCUUACAUAAGAAUGGUAUGGCGGCACAGACAUAUGGUCGGAUACCGGAUAUUUCUCGUUAUUACUAUACCAGCUACGUACAUUUUUUACGUCAGUAUGAUGGGACUGUUUUCUGACAGUUCAAAUAUCGUCUACGAAGCAGACUGGCAGGGACGUAAAUUGCUACAGGCGGACGAGUUGGAGCAACAAGGGAACGAUAGUUACAACUGCACGCCACCGACCAUCAAAGAAUUCCCGUCUGACGGAUUUACGCGACGGCAAAGACAGGCAGGAUUUGUAGUAAUCCACUUCGUCAUCGCUAUCUAUCUGUUUUUAUUACUUGCUAUUGUCUGCGACGAUUAUUUCGUUCCCUCUAUUAAGAAAAUUUGCGAGAAGCUUAAUGUCACUGAGGAUGUGGCUGGCGCGACCGUGAUGGCGGCUGCGAGUUCGAGUCCGGAAUUGUUCAUCAACGUCAUUGGCACCUUCGUGACGGAAGGUGAUUUGGGAGUCGGCACUAUCGUCGGUUCCGCGGUAUUCAACAUAUUAGCGGUACCCGCGUGUUGCGCGUUGUUUGCGAACAAAGUAUUACACUUAGAACGGUGGCCUGUGUCGCGUGAUACAUUGGCAUAUGCCUUGACAGUUCUUCUCUUGAUCUUGACUCUGCGAGACGGACGUAUCGAGUGGUAUGAGGCGCUCAUCCUCGUCGCUUGUUACAUUUUGUAUAUAACAGCAAUGUGUUUCAACCGCCGUAUCAGCAAUUUCAUAAAUCGAGUAACGUCUAGAAAGAAAAGAUAUAGAAAUAUCUGCGAAGAGAGUCCCCUGCUUCUACCAAAUAACUUGAUCAAAGAAACGGAGAUUUGUGAAUUUUCGAGUUCGAGUGAGGCGGACGAAUCACUCGAGAUAGUAAAUAUGACGUCUUGGCCGAAUUCGACAUGUGAGAAAAUAUGGUGGAUAAUCACUUGGCCCAUUAAUCUAGUAUUACUCAUUACUAUUCCCGACUGCAGAAGGAGCAAAUUACGAUUCUGCUAUCCUAUUACAUUUUUCAUGUGUGUGAUAUGGAUUGCGACUUCAUCCUACAUUAUUGGAUGGGUUAUCACUGUUAUCGGCAAUACUUUUAGAAUUCCUGAUUCUAUUAUGGGCUUAACGUUUCUCGCAGCAGGAAUGAGCAUACCUGAAGCAGUUUCAAGUGUUAUUGUUACAAAUCAAGGUCUCGGAGGUAUGGGGAUAAGUAAUUCGAUUGGAUCAAACGUAUUCGAUGUCUUAUUGUGUCUCGGAUUGCCAUGGUUUAUAAAAGCUACGCUAUUACCGAAAAUACCCGGACAAUAUUAUGUUCAGAUCAAUUCUCAGGGACUAGUAUACAGUUCAGCAUCUCUCUUUUCUACGUUAAUCAUCUUAUAUGGAGCUUUACUUAUUAACAAAUUCAAAUUAAAUCGAACAGUCGGAAUCAUCUGUCUCGUGAUGUACAUCGUAUUUUUGAUAUUUGCAUCCAUUAUAGAACUAAAUACAUUCUUUGUCGUUAAUUUACCGAUAUGUAUUGACUAGGAAAUAUAUCAAUUUUCUUCAGACAUAAAGCAAUAUUUAUGUUUUUGGUUGAUAUCUGUGUGUGAAUCUGUAUGUUGCGGCAAGCAAAUUUUUACUUAAAACAACUUACUUAAAACAAAACUUGUUUGUACAAUUUUCGUACAAGUAUCAAACAAAGAUAUCUGAAUAUUAAUAAAGCUUUAAUUAAUAUAUAAAAUUAAAAACAA